AUGGCUUGUCCAUUUCUCUCCGAUCCCAUCGAUAUUGGGGCACAAAUAAUUCGAAAUGCCUUACGCGGAGAGAGACUUGUCCAACCACAAUUAGAUUUGCUGGCAUUCCCAGAGGAAAUUCUCAUCGAACGAUAUCACUUUUCAUCCAACUCGAUUCUAUAUCUCCAUAGUCUUUUGCGCCCGUACAUCUCCAAUCUCACGCACCGCGGCGGUGCGCUAACGUCGAUGCAAAUUUUGUGCAUCGGACUACGUUUUUUCGCCCACGGGAGUUUUCUGUACAAUAUCGGUGGUGCAGAAAAUAUCGGAAAAUCGACAGUGUGUCGGGCGGUCAGAAAAGUUACCCUCGCCCUCAAACGUGUGUUACCUGUUAUGGUGGUCUUCCCUGGGCACAAACCUGUGGAAGUGAUCAAAGAAGAAUUCCAGAGGAUUGCAGGUUUUCCAAAUGUGAUUGGAUGUGUGGAUGCAACACACAUACCCAUCACUCCUCCAGCACAAAAUGAACGGGACUAUCUCAACCAAAAGUCUUUUCACAGCAUCAAUGUCCAGAUCAUAUGUGACGCAUCCUACAAAAUCACCAACCUGGAAGCCAGGUGGCCCGGCUCAGUUGAUGACUCUCAUAUCUACGAAGAGUGUAGUGUGUACAACAAAUUUGCACAUGGACAUUUUGAUGGCUACCUCCUGGGUGACGUCGGCUAUCAAUGCCAGCCCACGUUGAUCACCCCUUACCCUGACCCCGAGCCUGGUCCCCAGCAACGUUUUAACGAAGCCCACAGCAGAACAAGAGCCCGGAUCGGUAUGACCAUAAACAUGCUCAAAUCCCGGUUCCAGUGCCUGCAAAAACUCAGGGUGACUCCAGAACGGGCGUGUGACAUCAUUGUGGCAUGUGUUGUUCUCCAUAACAUUGCUACUAAUAGAGGAGAGGAAUACCCUGUUCUACAAAUGAUUGACACAGAGGAGGAGUAUCCAUUCUACUUUGAAGAUCUUAAAGAUGGAAUGGCUGCCAGGGAUCGCAUUUGCAGGAAUUGCUUUUCUGAUGAACAGACAGUCAAAUAA